AUGUCUCUGGCUGCUACUUCUGUGCGGGGCCCCUCGAGGCCCCCAUCAAGAGGAAGCUUUCCUUUAGAUCGAGAGGGGCUUUGCAGCGCAGAGCAGCAGCGCUACCUCCGCUGCCUCUCAGAGCAGCAGCAGAAGCAGCAGCAGCAGCAGAAGCAGCAGCAGCAGCAGCAGCAGCAGCAUGGGGCAGUUGAGGUGUACGACCACCUGCCUUGCAGACCGCUAGCAAAGGCCUUUUUGCAAUGCCGCAUGCAAACAAAUUUAAUGCAGAAAGAAAAGCUCUCCCUACUAGGCUUUUCAGAGACCUCAGAUGCUGCUGCUGCUGCUGCUGCUGCUGCUGCUGCAGGUGCAGAGGAACACACCACAGCAGCACAACCCCCAACAGCACCAGCACCAGCAGCAGCAGCAGCAGGUCCUGCUAAAGAAGACACUGGGUACUUAGCAGGCAUCCAGGCGCUGCAGCCCUAUUCUAACAGAGGAUUCUUCGGUAGAGUUGCUGCGCGCUUCAGCUGGCCCAAGCAGCUGCUGCCGCCUCUAUUUAGUCGCAGCAGCAGCAGCAGCAGCAGCAGCAACAGCAGCAGCAGAAGCAGUACGAGCAGCAGCAACAACAACAAUAACCACACCAACACGCUCACGCCUCUGCCCGUGCCUACAGAUUCAGAGGCAGCUGACACGGGAAGCAGCAGCAGCAGCGGGAGCGGCAGCAGCACCGACCGCAGCAGCAGCAGCAGCAGCAGCAGCAGCAGCGGACGGUCUAGCAUAGGAUUUGAUAGAUUAGACCACUAUCCAGAUAGCAGAAGCAGCAGCAGUUCAGGAGACCUAGGAUAA